CUCGGAUCGUCUUUCCCUUCAUUCGCUGAAUGGAAGGCACUUGCCAAGUUUAACCCUAUAAUUUUUAGCAAAUAAUCAUCAAAAUAUCACUCGCCUUACUUUCAAGUGUUCAAAGCGGAUGAAAGGGAAAACAAACGCCGGUGCAGCCCUAACGGCUUUUCUUUGCGUUUGCCGCAUCCAACCCAUUAGCACAGUCAUGGAGAAGAUUGACAGCGAGGGCGAACCACCCACACAGUAGGUACCAUCAUUGGGGCAAAUUGGUAUGUCGGAAGAAACGCAGAACAAAUGAAGCGAAGACGAACCGUCCUGCCAUGCCAUUCAGGAUAACGAUGGAAGUUUAGAUCUGUGUGCGCUACCAAAGGGGGGAAACAUCACCCUAGAGGGGUAAGAACGCAACGAUUCCGUUUGUCUUAGUACCUAGCGACUGGUUUGUAUGCUGGGGAAGGCAUUCUCACACUUCUUAGACGACUUAUUGCCUCUAGGAUGGCUGCGAGAUGCACUUCUUCAAUGCCGCCAGAAAGGCAGUCAGCCAUUUUUCGAAGGAUGGAUGAAUAUCAAGCGGCUGAUCCAGAUCAAUCGCGGGCAACUCACGGGCAGUUAAACUAUGCUAAAUAUGCUAUGCAAUGUUCUCCGCUCGUUGAUAUUGCUCAAAGUUUCAUCCGAAAUCGCUACGCACUUUCCCGAGGGGUUCGUCAGUGGACAUGAGGCGCCGUUCGAAGGUGGUCCAUUGCUCUUCGACGGCUGGGAUUCUCUGAUCGCCGGUCGUCGUAACGACAUUCAACUUUCUCCUCUUUUCGCUAGACACGUGCGACGUGUAAACGUAUCUCAGCGAUAACAAGCUGAUAGUGAAUAUCGGUGCUGCGCUUGUUGGGUACAUCAAGAAGACUCCUCAACUUUUGGCGUAUGUAGAUGUGUUCAAUUUGGUUUUUUGCUCGGCCAUUGCGGGAAGCCCACGUGAGCUUAGGUGCUGGGCUAUGGGAUCAUGUUGUUAUUACCAUAUAACUCUAUAAACAGGGCCCCAUUUCUACUCAUCUCUCCUAGGUUAUGACGUCUCAUGACGCGUUAAAGUCGCCCAAGUGGAUUUAAAUGUUUCCCACCGGGAUUUUGUCCACUGUACUGUUCAGCUAACUGUAACUCUCUUUCUCCUGCAGGCCGGCAUCAUCUGUUGCUGUACAGUUUCUAACCCGUGUUCUAACUAUGCCCACAAUUAUUCUUUCGUUUAUCGGUGUUCAUUUCAGCAGGGCCGCACGUGCCCCUGGGGUCAGUAGAAAUCCAACUCCUAUCUCUCGAGUAGCAAUGUCAUUUUGUAUGCCAGAGUAGAGCAAAACUUGCCCGAAUGAUGUCUUGUGCUCGCAGGUACCCUGCCAGUGGACCACGAUCAACCUUAGCAGUUCAAGCAUUAGGCGACUAGCUCUCCAUGUAAGUUAAUCCAGUUAAUGGACAAGAAUCAUUAUACUACAUGUUCCGAUUCGUGUUCGUGUUUUCAUUCAUUCAUUUUCGGUAACUUGCCAAAUUUUCUGGUCCAGUAGGUUGUUAGUCUAAGGUCUUUGGCUGCCAUCUUAGACGCUGGUGGAAGUCGCGGUUCGCCCUUCCCGGCACUACGUGGAAAUGCGAUAGAGGUAUUAUUAUUUAUUUUUAAAUUUUAAUGUGGUUUUAACUAGUUGGUCAUUCACCAAUAGAGGUAUUAAAUUCCCGAGCAGCACUUGCAACAUCUUCCAUGUUGCUAUUAAGUCUUGUUUAAAUUGCAAAAAACUUCACCGGUUACAGUAUUGAAACACGCAACAAAUAUGCAACGUCAUGUUAUUCAUACGUUAGAUUCAGGUUAUCCAAUACUUAUACUGGCUGUCACAAAUAUAUUAGUUUAUAUCUAGUAACAUGAAACUUCACCGCAACAUCGUGUUAUUAUAAUGUCAUUGCUAAACAAUAAUGUCACAUGAUGUUGCAUCAUGUUGAUUACGGCAUAUUUUUAAAUAAAAUGUAACCAAACAAAUACAAUCAAUGUAACAUCAUAUUCCGCCAUAUUUUUAUGAAAAACAUAUUUUUCAACGAAGAAAUGUUUUUAUUUUAACAAUAACAAUAACAAUACGGACACGAACAUUCAUCAGGAAUCCAUGGCAUUUACUAAAAUAUUAUUUGAUUACAGUAUGUAGUUCGAUUUUACACCGCAUUUUUCCAUCGUAAACGAAUUCUUAAUCUGGCUGGUUUAAUACUUUAAACUUGAAAAUUAACAAAUUAAUCAUUUUCACGAGGCGCGUCAAAUAAUACAAAGCAAAAUUAUAUUUUUCACGAUAAAUUUUGAAUGGCAUGAAGAUUAGCUCAUAAUAGGCCCAAAAAACUAAAGUUUUGUUUCGCAUUAAAGAUAUUAAUGUAAAUAAUUUUCGUCUUGGAGACCAGAGAGGAAAUUUGUUUCCCGGUUCCCGCUGAGGCUGGCAAAGGGUGAGCAUGUGCAUUCCAUAACCUCUGUUCAUUAACUCCUAUUCCUACCUCCACGAGGUGCCGGCUGGGGUACGCAACUUCGGUUGUCGUAUGCUUACAGGAAAGGGGGCACAGUGGCUCCCGCCCACAUUAAGAUGGCAGCCCCAUCAGCGGGAUAAGGAUCUUAGGUUAACAGCCUACUGUACCAGAACAGACAAAAAGUUACCGAAAAUGAAAGAAGAAAUCUCUCCGGAUUAUUGGCAACAACCUUUAGCAUGAAAACACGGACACGAAUCGGAACAUGGAAUAUACUGACCCUUGCCCGGCAGGGCAAGCUGGCUCAACUCGCAAGGGAAGCUAGCCGCAUGAAGCUUGAAAUCCUGGGGCUGAGCAAGGUCCGCUGGCCGGGUACUGGCGAACACAGGACAUCAUCCGGGCAAGUCUUGCUCUACUCUGGCAUACGAGGUGAAAAUGCUACUCGAGAAAGAGGAGUUGGAUUCCUACUGAGCCCAGGGGCACAUGCGGCCCUGAUGAAGUGGGAACCAAUAAAUGAGCGAAUAAUCGUUGCCAGAUUCAGAACACGGGUUAGGAACCUUACGGCAAUCCAGUGCUAUGCACCAACAGAUGCUGCCGACCUGCAGGAGAAAGAGAGCUUUUACAGCCAGCUGAACAGCGUGGUUGAGAAAAUCCCGAAGGGGGACAUCCAAAUUCACAUAGGCGACUUCAACGCGAAGAUUGGCUCAAACAACGCGGACCUUGAACGCGUCAUGGGACGCCAUGGUCUAGGAGAGAUGAGCGAAAACGGGGAGCUGUUUACAGAAUUCUGUGGUAAUAACGACAUGGUCAUUGGUGGAUCGCUCUUUUCCCACAGACCAGUACAUAAAGCCACGUGGGUUUCCCGCGACGGCCGAACAGAAAACCAAAUCGACCACAUCUGCAUCAGCCGGAAAUGGAGAAGGAGCCUUCUUGAUGUACGCAACAAACGCAGCGCUGAUAUUGCAUCCGACCAUCAGCUUGUUAUCGCUGAGAUACGUCUGCGCGUCGCACGUGUCCAACGACGGGAGGAAAAAGUUGGAUGCCGCUACGACGUCCGCCGAUUGGAGAAUUCUGAGGUGAAAAGGGCCUUUGUCGAACAACUUGAAUCUCGAGCCUCGGAGCUGCCACCUGGUGGAACCGUCGAAGAGCAAUGGACCGGCAUCUAGAACGCCUUCAUCACGACCAGUGAUGAAACCCUCGGCAAAGCGCGCAGCAGGCGGAGGGAGUGGAUUUCGGAUGAAACUUGGAGGAAGAUCGAUGAGCGUAGAGAGUAGAGAGGCGAAAGUCGGUAUUGAGCGAGCAGCGGACCAGAUCGACUAAGACAGCUGCCCGUCAACGAUACGCCGAACUGGAGAGGGCUGUUAAACAUACUUGUAGGCGGGACAAGAGAGCCUGGACUAACUCCCUAGCCGAACAAGGAGAAACCGCCGCCGCCAAUAGUGAUAUCCGUUUGUUGUACGAUAUUUCUCGCCGCCUUACCCAAGCAACACAGCUUGUUAUAGAACAGUAUAAUAUUACAUAUAUCAGAACUUAUCUAUUACCUGAAAAGCGCAAAAAAAUUAAGUCUAAUGAAACAAGUAUUGAAAGAAGUAUGUAUCAGGUUAUUUCGUACCAAUUUAAAACGUUAUUAUAGCAUAAGUUACAACUUGUUCUUCCAGUAGUUUAAAUUUAGUAAUGGAGACAUAAUAAAAACUUCGUGUUGACAUGUUGACAAAACAAACAUUAUAUAUCUGAUAUGAGCUGUCAAAUAAAUUCAUGUUAUCCCAAAACAUCUCAAAACUUUAAUAAUAACGACAUAUGUUUUCACAGUACGUUUAUAGUAUUCUUAAGCGACUACUUUCCACGAAUAUUAUUUUCUAACUUGUUUUGUGUGUUACUUGGGUAGUGGUGCCAGGAUGAAUACAAAGAUGCCGCUAAAGGACAGAGCUGGUUAGCUAUUGAUUGACCGUACCGUACAUUGACUCUUCCGAGUUUCAA